ACCCAACCACAGAGUCAGGCGCGUACACGACACAGUAGCCGGGGUCGAGCACCGCUACUUCUCUUACUACUACGACAAACCUACGGUCACGUUUCUACUACAUCUCUCUCUCCAUCUAGCGCGACGUCUGCUGCCCCGUUCUACAGUUCAUUUGGUUCCCGUGUAACAGGCAGACAUGUUGGUGAUUUUAACCUUCAUCCUCCUCUUCCACGUCAUCUCAGUCAUCCUCCUCUUCAUCAGCACCAUCAACAACGCAUGGUGGGUGGCGUCUGCUCCAGGAGGCAACGUGAUUUACACUGACCUGUGGUACUCCUGUAACGUUACAUGUCUCCCUGUCAAGAACAGCGCUUCCACUGACGCAGUCUAUCUACAGGCUGUCCAGGCCACUAUGAUCCUGUCCACAAUUCUCUGCUGCGUGGGUUUCUUUGUGUUCAUCCUUCAGCUCUUCAGACUGAAACAAGGAGAGAGAUUUGUCUUUACAGCCAUCAUCCAGCUACUGGCUAGCCUGUGUGUGAUGAUCGGAGCGUCCAUCUACACGGCGGAGAGGGAGAGUUUUACGGAGGAGUCUCUAAGGAAGGGAGGAUACGGUUCAUCCUACGUCCUGGCCUGGAUUAGUUUCCCCAUGACUGUCAUCAGUGGACUCAUGUAUCUGGUGCUGAGGAAACGCAAAUAAAACACUCGUAUCUCUACAAAGACACAAAACACAAUGGAAAUGUCAACAAAAACAACCUUGCCUGUAAGAAGAGAAGUGUUUUUUUUUUAAAUAAUUGAACAGAGGAAGUGUGUAAACUAACAGUCUAUUAGCUAACUCUAAACAUGCUGUUGUUAAGAGCGGUUGUUUUAAAAGACGUUUUCUCCACACUGUGUGGUUGGAAUGAGA